GAUACGCUCGAUGUAUUCGAAUUGAAAAACCACGAUGUUCGUUUUACUUAAAUGAAAAUCUCACUCGAUUAUUUCUAUGUAAGAUCUUUACACGAGAAAAUUAUCGAAUUACGACGUCUAUUUGAAAGAGCUCCUUAAGAAACCCCGAUUACCGGUCGAGCACUUGAAAAUGUACGUCGACGAAUUUUUUAUUGGAAAUAAUCCUAACCACCUAACCUCUAAACCCGGUGCACUGGAUACGACGACAACGACGAUGACGACAACACGUUUGCAAUAGUUGCUGCGUGCAUUCAUCGAUGACACGGCGUGCGCGCGAACGCGUGCAUGCGUGUGUUGCAUAUAGGUAGGACAGGUCGUACGUAAAUGUAUGCGCUAUUACGGCAGGCGCACACGGUUACUUAGACGAAAAAGAGCGCGACAAUUACGUUCGGCGUGUGUAUAAGCAAUGGCACGUCUGUCGAGAGGUUUGGGGGGAAUCGUGUGAGGUAGCGUUAGAGAAAGAAACGCGUCGUAUAGUUAGCCUGGUCGGCCGAGAGAGCAAAGGCGAUACGUGUUAGGCACAAGUAGAAAAAGAGAGUAAUAGAGAGAGAGCAAGGGUAGGAACGAGAAAGAACGGGAAAGAACAAGAUAGCGUGAAAGAGGGAAAGAAACAGGGCGAAGAAGGGAGGAAGAGGGAGAAAGAAGAAAAAGAGACGCGCAUACGUUUAGGGUGACGGAACAUGUAAAGAGGUAAGGACAGGGUCUGAGAGAGAGACGGAAGAUAGGCUGGGAGGGUAGGAUACGCGAGGUGGCUGGCUGAGGGUGCGAGAAGGCAAGGGAGAUACGGAGAAAGAGAGAGAAAAAGACAUAAUGAGAGGGAGUGAGUCGCGGCUGCGUCAUGUUCUCAGCGAACUGGGUCAGUGGGUCUCCCCACCGCUUCACGUCGUACAUCUACUGCGACGUACACACAGAGAAGCACUGGUACUGUCGGGGAGUGCCAACGGCGUUACUGUUGACCCAGCCACGGCCUGUAUGUGGCCUGUGCGCCUGCCCUGUGCCCGCUUACCGCGACUCUCUGUGUUUGGCUCCCCUGUGCUCUUUGAAAGCAAGAGUUGUUAGCGGGCUCGAGGCAUCCAUUCCAUCUUCCUCGCGUGUGACGACAAAAAAAGAAUGGAAGUACGUAUCGCGUACGCGAAAUCAUUAUGGGAUAAACGGUAUCUCGCGCGAGUCGCUGGAGAAAUUUUAUUUUAUCGUCGUGUCGCAAUGUAUCUUCGCCGAAAUAUUUUAACAAUCGCGCGCGUUUGAUCAUUCGUUCGGUCGGUUCCUAAACGCGUCUCAGUUUCUCGCGCGAUCGACGUUUUUCGAACGUUUCGCGAUAUAUCGAUCAUUACGCGUCGUAACUCGGUGGGAACGCAUCGAUUCGGGAUCGAAACCCGUGCGGGCUCGUGGUACACGUGCGUCGGGCUAUUUGCCGGCAGCACCGACGACAAAUACGGUCGACAAAACGACGGCGGCAGCAACGGGCGGCAGACCGGCGCGGGAGCGUACAGGGACAAUACUUCUCCGGCCGACAUAGACCUGGUUCCGUAAGUAGGUCAUCCCCGCCAUCGGCUCUGCAACCUCCUUCUCCCCUCCCGCGUCAAUCCCUUCGACCACGGCAAUACCUCCCAACCUCCCCCAUCCUCCUGCUUCUCUCUCAGUCGGUCCCUCUCCUCCCGAACACCGCGUGUUGCCCUCCCCCCACCAAUCGGUCGAGCUCUCGGAGGCACCUCCACUACUCUCCGUCGGGCACCUGGUCGCGCGCUGUGGCAUGCGCUGCUGAAUCACUUUCACUUAUGCCGUGCGCUGUGUUGGUUAUACGCCGUACGUCUCUCUCGCUCUUGCGCUCUUAUACUCGACCCGUAGCCGUCGGUAAAGGGACACGCGCGCGCUCCUUCUCUUCUCUCCUCUGUACUCACCGAAACAGCCAAGGGAGCCUGACGACGGUGGUGUGUGCGCGCCUCUCGCCAUUCUCCUGGUUCUGCCAAUUUUAUUUUACUCCUGGCGGUGUCACGGUGAAGCGCGUAUAUACCGGGCGAAACCGCGCCGUGCCGCACCGAGUGCCACCGUGUGCCGCGUUGUCGUGCUGUAUUCGUUUCGAUCGUCAUCGUGUCGUGUGGUGUGUGCAGCCAGUAUCGUCGUGUACAGACCCGUGUGUCGUUCUGAUCGGCAACCACGAAGACGACAGAACCAACAAUAACAACAACAACAACGACGACGACAUUAAUAACAGUAGAUAUACCCGUUGGAGAGAGGGGAGAGCCAGUCGGGCAUGGAUCAAAAAGGAAGAUAUUCUGCAGUUCGUGUUCUUCGCGUUCGCCGCCCGUGAUCGUUGUCGUCUUUGCUGCUGUGAUAUACGUGACGUGUGCCGUGUCUCGCGAGACGGUCUCCCAACUCUACCUACGUCCAUGUAUCGCCGGUAGGGCGGCAGAGGGGAGGGGGCGGGCCCUUCGGGAAAGCAACGAGGCGAGAAGACAACUAGUCGUACGCAGAUAGCCGCGCUGUCAAGUCGUACGAUACGGGAACUCUAAACGUUCUUUCCCUUUCUUACUCUCGCUCUCUCUGUUUGUGUGUGUCUACUUGUUCCGGACUUUAGACACCGUUGUAUAUUUUUUCGAUUUUUCGUACGGAUACGUUACGGGUAUUCAGUUGGAUUACAGUGUGCAGGUGUUCUUGGAAUUGCAUAUUAAUUUAUUCAACGAUUGGUCCGCGUCGAUCAUUUUGUGUCAAAACGCCGCGAUCAAAACUUGAUCUCGUAUCCGCGCAUGUGCGAUCACUCGGUAACGCUACCGGCGAUUCGCGUGCCCGGUGAAACAACGAUCCGAUUGUCUUGCUCGCACUGUGAUCCUAGUCGAUACGAUCAUCCUCCGUCUCGUGGCUUCCACGAUCAGUUUGAACGUCGUGUGUGCUUACUGUUGUUUCGUGUCACGUUGUAAAAGCUGGAUUUAUCAGUGAUCACGCAACCAAAGGAUAGAAAAAAAGGGACGUUACAGUGGUUUUGUUGUUUCGCGAGUAACACGAAUGCAACAGUGACAGCCGAGAAUUUUUUCUUUUUCACGCAACACGCGCAGACCCACGUUUCGUCACAUUUUUUACGAUGGUUCGGACGUAGUACGCACGAUCGAAACAGGAUUUACUUUCUGCGGUGGUGCGCGAUGGUUUUCUUUAUGAACGUGUGCCGUAGAAAAACGUGACUGGUGAUCGAUAUUGUACGUGCCAAGGGAAUAUAGUGUGUUUUCUUUCGGGCUUAUGCUUUCCACUUCAUCGUUGUCGUCAUCGUCGUUGUGCUUGUCGUUGUAUCGUCAUUUUUACCGACAACAUCGUACACAGUCGUUGGUACCGUAGCAUACGAGAGUACCACGACCUUGCACGACGUACACCGUUACCGCUUCGAAACUUAAAGGGGGCAGCCUAACCAAUAAACCGAUAAACCGCCGUUGUUCUGUCGCAUACACACCAGCCGCGAAAAAGAAAUAAAAGAAAAAGAAAAGAAAGAAAUACUCGUGAUAUUCACCACGGUGGCUAGAGAACUAGGAGAAUUCACAGGCAAUUCAUAUAUGAGCCGAUACGCCACAAGCACGUUCCUCCGUGCAGCACUUGCGCAAGGGUGAUAUGUUAUUGGAGAUGGAGCAGCAUUCGGGCUUGAUAUCCCUGAAUAUGUCGCCGUUUCAUCUAAGCCCACAGGGUAGUCCCCAAGGUGCGGCUGGGGCUGGUCAGCAACAACAACAACCACAACAGCAACAACAACCGCAAUACGGUUCGUCGCCGUAUGGGAAUUGCGCUCAGAGUCCACCGACGACAAUGUGCCAUCAAUCACAGUCGCAACAACAGCCGCAGCAACAGCAACAGUUGCCGGUACACAGUCAGUCGCACUCGCAGGGUGGUAUCUCGGGUUUCGACGCCGCGUUCUUCGAUUCCACCGCUCUCGAAGAACGAUGUCCCAUGUGUGGCGACAAAAUGUCCGGUUAUCAGUACGGUUUGCUGACGUGCGAGUCGUGUAAAGGUUUUUUCAAACGUAACAACUCACCGUGCAGUAGUAAAAAAGUAUACACGUGCUUAUUCUCGCCGACUGGAGGUGGGGGAGGUGGGGGCGGAGGUGGUGGUGGUGGAGGAGGUGGUGGAGGCGGCGGAAGUGGCGGAAACGGUAGCAACGGUAGCAACGGUGGCAACAACGGUGGAAGCGGUAGCUGUGGCGGCGGAGGCGGCGGAGGCGGCGGCGUCGGCCCAUCAACGGCAUUAGAGAUCGGAUCUUGCGGCAACAAGAAGGUGUACACGUGUCUGUUCUCGCCAACAGGAGCCGGAAGCGGCACUGGCGGCGGCAGUGGAGGCAACAAUGGCGCGGCGAAUGGCGGUGGAGGUAGCGGUUGCGGUACGUCGACAGCCCUCGAGAGUAGCGGCGGUGGCAGUUACGGUGGUGGAGGUGUCGCCGGUCCCGGAGGCGGCGGAGGAGCGGGUGGAGGCGGUGGUGCGGGUGCCGCUGGCGGCAGUGGGCCCACCGCAGGGAAUGCAGCUGCUGGCGGCGGCGGUAGCGGUAGUGGCGCGGCCGGCAGCGGCGGAAAUGGCGGCGGAUCCGCUACGGUAAGCGGCAAUGUCGCGAUACCAACUACCACCUAUUCAUUACCAACUGGUACCAUCUGUCAUCCUGGGUUGGGCCAGGUCGGGGUUGGUGUCGUGACCGGCUCGAUACCGUGUCCGUCCGAAUUCCCCGACACCAAGGACAUCAUCAUUGAAGAGCUCUGUCCGGUCUGUGGCGACAAGGUCUCCGGAUACCAUUACGGGCUACUCACCUGCGAAUCCUGCAAGGGUUUCUUCAAGCGCACCGUCCAAAACAAAAAGGUCUACACGUGCGUCGCCGAGAGGUCCUGUCACAUUGACAAAACGCAACGGAAACGGUGUCCCUACUGUCGUUUUCAGAAGUGCCUCGAAGUCGGCAUGAAGCUUGAGGCCGUGCGGGCGGACCGAAUGAGAGGUGGUAGGAAUAAAUUUGGACCUAUGUACAAGAGAGACCGAGCGCGGAAGCUACAAAUGAUGAGACAACGGCAGCUGGCACUGCAAACGAUACGCGGCAACCUCGGUGACCCAUCGACCUAUCCCUCCGCCGUACCGUCUUUCCUGCAUAUUAAACAGGAAAUACAAAUACCUCAGGUCUCGAGUCUAACGUCUUCUCCAGAUUCGAGUCCAUCCCCCGCAGCCGUGGCCGCUGGUCUGGUCACGACACAAGCUGGCAGCGGAGCUGGUCAGCAUCAACUGAUCGCACCGUCCUCCCAGCCAAACAUUUCUGGCGGUAAUCACCUGCACAACCUCAACCCUGGCCUGGAUAGCAAGCUAUGGGCUGCCAAUUCCACCACCCCUAGCCCGAAGGCCUUCAACUUCGGCGAACAGUCCACUCACGGGGCCGCUGGUUCCGCACCCUCUACCGCCACGUUGAAAACUAGUCCGAUGAUAAGAGACUUCGUUCAAACGGUCGAUGAUCGCGAGUGGCAGGCAUCCCUUUUUGGACUGUUACAAAAUCAAACGUACAAUCAGUGUGAAGUGGACUUGUUCGAAUUAAUGUGCAAAGUGCUCGAUCAGAAUCUGUUCUCGCAGGUGGACUGGGCAAGGAAUUCGGUAUUCUUCAAGGAUCUCAAGGUUGAUGACCAAAUGAAGUUGCUACAGCACUCCUGGUCGGAUAUGUUGGUGCUCGACCAUCUUCAUCAAAGGUUACACAAUAAUCUACCUGAUGAGACUACGCUUCAUAAUGGCCAAAAGUUUGAUCUCCUUUGCCUCGGCCUACUUGGAGUUCCUUCUUUGGCAGACCUUUUCAAUGAUUUGUCGUCCAAACUUCAGGAACUCAAAUUUGAUCUUUCAGACUAUAUAUGCAUGAAAUUCUUGAUGCUGCUCAAUCAUGAAGUUCGUGGAUUAGUUAACAAGAAACAUGUACAAGAUGGACACGAACAAGUCCAACAAGCUCUUUUGGAUUACACGUUGACAUGUUAUCCUUCUAUACCGGAUAAAUUUAACAAGCUGCUAGCAGUAUUACCUGGAAUCCAUGUGGUAGCGAGCAGGGGAGAAGAUCACCUUUAUCAGAAGCAUUGUAGCGGUGGAGCACCAACUCAAACUCUUCUCAUGGAAAUGCUUCAUGCUAAAAGAAAAUGAAACGAUAGAUUCGUUUGGCACUUUUGCCAUGAAUUAGUCUAUUGCUAUAUCUAAAAAAUCAAGAUAGAGCCCCUUAUUGUCAGAGUGGACCUCAAGUACCUAUUAAGAGCUAAUGUUGCUUUGGUAUUGGACCAAGUUCGGGGGCCUGGUUCAAAAGAUACCUAAGCAAACAAAUCAAGUAUAGACGUACAUACUUUACAUAUAUACAUAAUAUAUGUAUUAUAAAGUGUAUCUAAAUAUAUAAACAUAAUGACAUAUAUUUUCUAUAUUUGAUGUUGAAGUUUUAGAGAUGUAUCCAUGGAGAAUUAUUACCCCUGUUGAUGGGUACAAGCGCAGGGAAACAGUAAGCAAGAUGCCUUGAAAACAGUACAAAGGGUGGUUAACAAAAUAUUGGUCAAAGGGCAGGCAACUUUUGUCUAAAUAAGUAAAGCUAUUUUUCUAAUACUAGAAGCGAUUAUUUUUAAGCAUAUACCACUGAAGCCUUGCUCUCAUUUUAACAAAAAGGUAAUCCUAAUAGUAACGAACGAAAGAAAUUGUCGACUCUCCAGUCAAUCGUGCUUCUGCAAGGGAUUCAAUGGGCAUACUUGAACGACAGUAAAAUUUCAUGUGAUAUACUUAUAUAUACAUAUAUACAUAUAUGUCGCACGGCCACCUGGGCAUCCUUAGAACUUCCUAUAAAAAAUCUGCAUUUUGUCACACUUGCACACAGCAGGGCUACUAUAAUGUAAAUACUAGUUAACACAUUCCAAUUACGUUGUAAAGUAUGAACCAUGUUAAAUAUGUAAUUAUAAUAUUUUGUGUAUAGUUUAAUGAAAUAAAUAUAUUUCUGUUGCUUACUGAGAAAAAAUCAUUAGCUACUUAAUGUCUUCACUAAUUUUAGAGUUUUAUUCAUGUAUUUCUCUUUUAUUAUUUUUCAAAUAGGUGGCGGAAAAAGAAUAACCACAAAUUGCGAUAUUUUAUUAUUGUAUAUUGUAUCAUAAUAAAGAUUCUGUUUUAAGAAAUAAAAGAAUCAUUGGAGCAAGGUUUAUGUGGUCCUACAUUAUCUAGCGAUUAAUAUUAAGUAUAUAAGAUCAAUAUUGUCUUAUCGCAGUUGUUAAAUAGAUAAAUAUUUACUGAAUGUUAAGAUAGCGAUCGAACGUAGUAAUUUUUCACUAAUAGAUUAUUAUUGUUUAGUCAAUAGUCAGAAACUUUUCAGUGCUGUGAAGGUUGUCUUUUCGACGCCUGUGGUAUCUAAGCCAUCGGUAAUUACACGUGCUAGAUUCGAGGCUCAAGUGUGGCAACAGGAACAGAAAUCUUUGCUCGUACUGGUAGGCUGGUAGUACCACCCUUUGCAACUCCUACUGUUUAUAUCCUCUAUCAAAGAAGUACCUGGGAAAAAUGCUAUUUUACUACUUUCACUUUUCCACCGACUUCGAUAUAAGAUAUUAAAUAUAGAUUUAAACGAUUUAUUGAUGUAUGUAAAAAGAAAACUCGAUGCCACAUUAGGUUAAGAAUCGAGUGUUGAAUCAAAUCAGGAGGAGUAGCUGCGAGUAUUACUACCAUGAAAGAAUAUAUAUACAUAAGAAUAUAUAUUUUCAGAAGCUUGCAUGUACUUAUCGUGUGAGUAAAGAUUUGUGUCCAUGGAAAAAUUUUUGAAAUCUUCGAUAUAAAUGCAAAAUAUAUAUUGACAUGUUCCCAAAUUUUCAAAUCGCCUGGUUCUUUUAAUUGAUCGAUCGAAAAAAAAAACUAGCUUGCAUUAUUAUUGGCUCUUUAAAUAAUACUUUCAAAACGGAUUGCCUUUAUUUAACUCGCAUAUAAAUGUCUACCUCUUCAUAACUGUAUUAAGUCUUACAUUUUUACAUUUUUAGUAAACCACAUACCUCAGAAUAGACACCCAGAUAGCAAAUUAAAUGGAAUGUAUGAAUGUUACCUACGUAGAUUUAAAGUCUACGACUUCUGUAAUAUGCGUAUCGACAGAAUAUAAAAGUUCCAUUCAAGUAUUGUACCCGUUAUAUUUCCAUGUUAACUAUUUUAGUUAUUAUUAUAUUUAUUCCAAAUUAGAUUAUACUUCUUUACGAUAUGUGUACGAUAUAUUCCAGUCGAAAUUUAAAAAUUAUCAACGAAGUCUCUAAAGUCAUGUUUAAUCUUGUGUUGCUGUUUGGGUAAAAUCAAAUAAUAUUUUAUUUAUUGUACAUUCAUUUAUCUUCAAGAGUUCUUGUAGAACGUGUCGGUCUGAUAAUUUUGGAACAACUUACAAAAAUCGCAAACACAACUGUCUCAAAAAAAUGAAAAUUGUCUCUUCUAAAUAUUGUCCCCAAAUCGAUGAUCUUUGUAUGUGUCCAUCCUAUUUAAUCGUCCGCUCGAUUCUGUUAUAAAGUGUUUAUUAAUAAUUGUAAUUAGGAAAUAUAAUAGUGGUGUUAUAAGCAUUGUGUUAAAUAUGUACAGUUACCAAUUAUAAUUGGCAAACAAUCUAAUUUAAUAUCGAUGUGAUUUUUUGAUCCAAUAAAUAAUUGGAAUUAACAUUAAAUGAUGAACUAUUAUGCGUUGUUGACACUGCCAUUAGGAGUUGGCAAUUGUAAAUUAUGUAGAAAAAAAUUAUUGAUUGUAAAUAUAUCUUUAUUAUUAACUGAUAACUGUUCCUUUUAGGAUUGACAGCGCUAUUUUUAUAUAUUAUACUAAUUGAACUCCUAUUAUAUGAUAAUAUUUCCCUUAUUGCACUCCUGUCUUUGCUAUUAUUGUAAAAAUACAUGCAAUGACCAUGAGAUAUAAGAUAGUUUUCAACAGGAGGGUAAAGGAUGGUACUAUGUAAAUUAUUAAGCAGACAAUUUUCAAAAAUUUACAAAUAGUAUUCCAAAACAUUCAAUUGUUUCUUUAUACAUACAAGUUAUUAUAAUUUAAAUGCGUUUAUGUACAACACAAAGUUUAUUAUAAUUUGUAACAAUGGUGUCAUUCGUAUACCUAAUAACAUGUAUAUUAAAACAUUUGUUUGCUUUGUACAAAUAUGGUAACAAGAUAAGAAAAUGCACAGUGGUUAAUAAAGACAUCAGCUAACUACUGCA